AUGUCAACAGAAAAAAAGAGAAAUAAACCAAGUUCAAAUUACAGUAAUCAGCUUAUUAACAAGAGGGCUUGUAAUGAACCUAAACUUCCCGGCUUUAUAGCUAAUAAUAAGAGUGCAGAUAUACUUUCUAGAAUACCCUUUAAAGGUACACCCUCAAAGUGUACAGUUAGUGUGGCUCUUCCAUCUUCGAUUAUAUCAAAUGCUCAGUCCCUUGAAUUAAAAGCUUAUUUAGUAGGCCAAAUAGCCCGAAUCUUGGCUAUAUUUGGUAUUGAUGAAAUUGUAGUAUAUGAAGAUAAGUACAAGAAUAUUGUUGAUAAUUCAGAAAGACAGUCAGAUUACAUAGGCUUUAAUUGUUCAAGAUCUAUGGAAUUCUUUGUAAAAAAUCUUCGUUAUUUGGAAACUCCUCAGUAUUUGAGAAAAAGCUUGUUUAAAUUUGAAGCUGAUCUUAAGUUUGCAGGUCUUCAAAACCCAAUCGAUGCACCUCAUCAUAUGAGAAUUUCAGAAUGGCUCCCAUAUAGACAAGGAGUAGUCGUUUCUAAACCACGACUAUUCAAAGGAUUAAUAAAGUCAGAGCACAAAAAAUCAGGCUCCUGGGUAAAUUGUGGACUUCCAGUUGAAGCAUGGAUAGAUGAGAGUUUACCCGAUAAUACAAGAAUCACAAUUAAAAUGAUUGAUAAUUCUGAAAAUCUACAUAAGAAAUUGUGUGAUGAAUUUAGUCAAAAAGGGAAAAAUGAGGAUUCAAAAACAUACUUCAUAGGUAAAGUAGUUAGUGAUGAGACACCAAGGACAAAAAAAGGCAUAUAUUGGGGAUAUAAAGUUAGGCCAGCAAAUUCUCUGAAAAGUGUCUUAUUUAAUUCUCCAUAUAAGAAAGGUUAUGAUUUGGUAAUAGGAACUUCCGAAAGAGGAUGUUGUAUUACUGAUAACUUUAAGCUUGAAAAAAGUCCAGAUAAGAAAAGUUUUAAACACUUACUUAUCGUUUUUGGUGGUCUUGGUGGAUUAGAAGAUGUUUUAGGUGAUCCUCAAAGCUUAUUCAAUUCAGAUACUAAGCCAGAAGACUUAUUUGAUAUGUAUGUAAAUAUUUGUCCUGAACAGAAAUCUAGGACUAUUCGUACAGAAGAAGCACUAGGAUUGACUUUAGUUUUGUUGAGACCAUAUAUUUUGGAAAAUAAUAAGAUAUUACUAAAUAAGGAUUGA